GGCUAGUACACAGCAAAUAAAUACAAUGUGUCAACAGACAUUUACAACUUAGUGCAAAGUAACCAGGGUGAAAUAACUAUGGGUUAACACACGUAGUGAUUACUUUUAAUAUGAAUCGUUACACUAUUCUUCAUCAGUUGGGAGAUGGGACCUACGGUUCCGUCGUCCUAGGCCAGAGAAAGGAUACGGGAGAAAAAGUCGCCAUUAAGAGAAUGAAGAGGAAAUACUACUCUUGGGAUGAAGCUAUGAAUUUGCGAGAAGUUAAAUCUUUAAAGAAAUUACAUCAUUCGAAUGUUGUCAAGUUAAAGGAAGUUAUCCGUGAGAACGAUGUGUUAUAUUUUGUAUUUGAGUACAUGCAAGAAAACUUAUAUCAGCUCAUCAAGGACCGAAGAGUGCCUUUUCCAGAAGCAACUGUUAGAAAUAUGUUAUAUCAGAUAUUGCAAGGUUUAGCGUUUAUACAUAGACAUGGGUUUUUCCAUAGAGAUCUUAAACCUGAGAAUAUUCUAUGUUCCGGACCAGACUUGGUAAAAAUAGCCGAUUUCGGUUUGGUUCGAGAGAUAAGGUCUCGACCCCCUUAUACCGACUACGUGUCAACCAGAUGGUACCGGGCCCCAGAAGUAUUACUCCAUUCCACGACUUACAGCAGCCCCAUAGACCUAUGGGCAGUGGGAUGUAUCGCUGCUGAAAUAUACACGUAUCGACCGUUGUUUCCAGGAACAACGGAAACCGACCAACUGUACAAAAUUUGUGCCAUUUUGGGGACACCUGAUAAGAAAAAAUGGUCCGAAUGUUAUCAACUGGCGGGCGCUGUAGGAUUCAAAUUUCCAUAUUUUGCCAAAACUCCCCUUAGUGACGUAGUGCCUCAAGCAAGUUAUAGUUCUAUCAAUUUAAUGGAUGACUUGCUAGAAUGGAAUCCGACCCAUCGACCUACAGCUCAGUCAGCCUUGAAGCAUCAAUUCUUUCAGGUGGGGCAGCAGUAUAGCGCUCUCCACAACAAUCGCCAAAUACAGCUUAACAGUGCCCUUCAGCCGCAUACAAACGGAAUAUUUCAGAAAAUCCCGACGCAGCAAAUAGCUUCCGAUGAAAACCAAAUAUAUGCCAACCAGCAGUCACUACAGCUUCAAGCCAACGGACGGCCCUUACUGAAACAGUUGAACCAGAACCCUACGAUGCAACCUUUGCAACCCUCUGUACAAAUAAACAUUCAAUCUCUGAUAAAGCCAAUGAAAUCUCCUGAAAAACAAGAGCAGCAUGCACCGCCUAUAGUAUAUAGCUUUGGCCAGUCGGAUUACAGUAGUAAAUAUUUACCAGUCCUUAAUAAUGUAAACAAUCAUAACAAUCGAAAUAUACCAAAUAAGAAGAUUACCUGGGGGUUAGAAAACAAUUUCGAAUACGAGGAUGAUUUUGCAGAUAUAUUAGGAAGCAAAAUCAAGAUGCCUCCUUCAGACAAGAACAAAGAAACCAAAAUAAACCUGAGUCAGUACAAUCUUCAAGAUAUAUUGGAACCUUUAGCCAAAGCAAGCGCUGGUACCGCAAGAAAUCAGUACCUGAGCGUGUCUAGGUAUGUUGCUGGCCAACCUUCUGGAGUGAGAAGAGAUUCUAACAUUAGUCUACUAUCGAAUUUAUCGAACAGUGGUCGAAGGAACAAAAAAACGAACAAGAUGGAACUACCGACAGUUUGGAACGAAAUGGGUGACAGCAACUCUGGAAAAAGGAAACUGGGAAAUUUAAACAUGCAACAUACUAAUGGAUUCGAUCUUACAGCCAAAUAUUAUAAAUAAACGAGUUCUGAAGAAAGAUGUAAUCUGUGAUAGACAUUUAUUUUUUUAAUGUUAUUGGUUCAGACACAUUUCAUACAAACAUAAUUAAUAUCUACAAAUAAUUCGACGAUGUUACUUAACGAAAUAAA